AUGGAGGGUAGUACGUGCUUGGACACCGGUGUACGCGAUUAUCUCACGGCCUGCAAACGAGGUCACGUGAGAACAGACGCUUCUGUGCUUAGAGAGGACAUAAAAAAAUAUAUACCUGCUAUAGUCACGGAAAAGUCCGCAUUCAAAGCCAACAAUGAAGGUCUAACGAAAGGAUUCGGUCUGGGUCCGGAGUCUGUUAAUGAACACCAUUGUGAGAAGAGAUGGACACUGGACUAUCGAGUAUAUCAAGAUUUACAUUAA